AUGGCCAAGACCAAUGCAGACCAAGACCAGACGCAAGCGCGACUUACAGGCGGAGCUGGAGGCCAAAGCUGCCCUUCUAAGAAGGAAAAAAAGAAGGCUAAGGCUUUUCGCAAAGGCCUUCAGAAUCUGAAGAAUCCUGAUCCUACCGUACGCGCCAGCGGAGGCAUGUGUGCUGGUUCCCAGAGAGCCCAGCUCGGGUCGUGGGAGUAUAUGAAUGAGGAACUUGAACAGUCAAAAGAACAACCACCACCAGACCCCUAUGGGUUCGACUCAUGGGUUCAGGGAUCCGGUACGAAGGACAGUCUGACCUCCUACCAGACGCAACGGCCAAGCGAGGUGUCCGACACUCACGUGGCAUAA